AUGAGCCGCUGUGAUUUUAAAAUAGUCCUUUUAGGGAGCGAACAUGUUGGAAAAACCAGCUUAGUUCUAAGAUUCGUAAAUUGUAGAUUUAAUUCUGGAACUCCGUAUCAAAAUACUAUAGGAGCAGCUUUUUGUGCAAAACAGAUGCAUUCAGAUGGCAAAGACUUUAAUGUUGGUAUAUGGGACACUGCCGGGAGUGAAAGAUAUGAAGCGAUGACCCGAAUGUACUACAGGGGUGCCCAUGCGGCGAUAAUAUGCUAUGAACCACAUUCUCAAGCGUCUUGGACCAGAUUGAGGCAUUGGUUGCAAGAAUUGAGGACGGUAGAAGAGGAUUGUAAAGUAUACCUCUGUGGUACUAAAAAAGACCUGUUAGAUUUAAAUGCAGUGGAAAGGGAAGUCCCAGAAGAUAUUGUAGCGACUUAUUCCCAAGGUCUAAAUGGUCACUUUCUUACUUCGAGUAAGACUGGGGAAAAUGUUGAUGAACUUUUCCAAAAAAUAAUCGACGACUGUGCACAAGACUUGAAAGUGAUGAGGAGUGUGGAAGAAGCUAGAGUUCAGCUGGAAAAAGAGGAGAGAGAAAAGCAGAAGCAAAAAGAGUAUUGUUUUUGU